AUGUCCCGGCGACGGAACCAACUGCCUCUUAUGCAGAUAUUCUGUGAAGCACAGAGAGAGAGAGAGAGCAGCCCCAUCGAGUUGUCGUUUAAGGAGCCGGAUCUAGAGCGCCCGAGUUUAUGUCCAAAGCCACUCCUUGAGCAGCUUGAUUGUGUGAGUGGAGACGAGAGCACCUUUCUGCGUCUGUCCCUGAGUGUGAGAGACUGUAGGAUCCGGGGAGGGCCUACGUCAAAACUGCUGCCCUUCGCCAGGGCUAUGAUCCACCCGGAUCUGAUCAGAAUGGAUGUGGACGCCAGCCUGAGAGUUGUUGGCUUAGUGGGCCGCGUGCAAAUCACUAACUUUGUGAUCUUUGGGAUGGGCCUGUCUUUAGCGGCCAUACAGCUUACAGGCAUCGCUUUUACCGUCGACCAAUCUAUAGCGCAUUACUGUAAGCCGGCGCCGGGAUUUUCGGCCAAUGAAACUGUAGUGUACGUCGAAAAAGAUGGUCUCGAAGUACCGGACGGCUGUUACAUGUACGAGGUCGACAACGGAACAUUUACUGAGGACACAACGAUUUGUCAGUACGGCUGGGAAUAUGCUCCAGAAUAUGGAGAAAAGAGUGCAACGACGGAUGGAAAUUAUUUGGUUGGUUACAUCCGAGCGGUGGAGAUGUUCACAGCUAAAAAGAGAUUACUGGGCCACGUGUGCGUCCAGUAUUUCUGGAGUUUUGGUGUCAUUCUCGUCGCACCUUUGGCGUACUUGUUCCCCAACUGGCGUUACUUCCAACUUUUCACCUCAUUGAUAUGCCUACCAGUCCAUGUCCUUAUGUGGUUCUUCACAUACGAGUCACUACGAUGGUUGGUUCAGAAAGGCUGGUUGGACAAGGCAGAGGCCGUUCUCCGGAAAAUUGCCAAAUCGAAGAACAUCAAGCACGACGGAAGCUUCCUCAUAAAGCGGGAACUGGAAGGUGUGCGCCUGGUGUGGAAGAUGGAGUUGUCCGAGAAAUCAAACCACGAUCGAGCGAGUGACCUCCAGCACGAGAGUGUCACUGCGGACGUGGGAGAAACUAAUCAAGAACUGAUGAAUGAAGAGAAGAUGGAAACUUUUACCAAGCCAGGUGAAAAGGAGCAGACCAAAUCGAAUAAGAAAAAGAAAUACACUGUGCUUGACCUCUUCAAGACAAAAGUUCUCAUCAAACAUAUCUGCAUCGUCUUCUGUCUUUGGUAUGUCAUGAAUGCAACUUAUAAUGCCUGCAGCCUUGUGUUCAUGCUGCCAGAGACCAAGAACAAACCGCUCCCGGAGACAUAUGAAGACGCCAGCAAGUUAUCAAAGGACUGA